UGAUGACGAUGCAGUGGAAGUCAUCUCCCGCUGCCACUACUGCGACCAAGGCCACCCAGAUUACGUGGUUCUCGAUUACUGGCGCCCACUCGUAGGAUUCCAGGAGGCCACAGAUCUCUUUCCAAGUAAAAUCAUUAGCCUUUUUACUGCUAGACAUUUAUUUUUUUUUUUUUUUUUCAUAGCCGCGUUUUAAUUUCUAGACAACUUUUGCACUACAGCCUUCUAAAUGGUUCCGUUGCUUAAAGAAAAUGAAAUUAACAUCUUCUCUUUCUCGCUCUUUCCUGUAUCUCUGAAAACUUUUUUUUCCCCAGUGUUCUGAAUGUGAAGAAAGAAUGGCCAUAGCAGGGAAAUGACUAAAUAUGACUCAGGCUUAUUAUUUCCUUGCGUUUAUCAGUAAAUAUUUUCCAAGACUCUCUGAUGGCUUCCAGGUUUUUCUCUCCCCACCAGAUCAGUUCCAGGACUGCCGGAGCCACGCGUUCCAGGUGGUGUCGAUGGACUGGUUCCCGUUCCUGUCAUUCAGCCGAGACACGCAGCGCCCCGGUACCACUGUCACGCCGCAGGAUUCCGUGGACGUGCGCAUGUUGCAAGCCGUCGCCCGCACCUUAAACUUCACGUACGUGAUGCGAGUGCCUGAGGAUGGCCAGUGGGGCGUGCUGCAGAAGGAUGGGCUGUGGACAGGCACCGUGGGGACCUUGCAACGCCGCCUCGCUGACUUCUCAAUGCUUUUAAACUGGUCCUCCAAGCGAUUUCAUGCUAUCGACUUCUCCCGCAUCUACGCCGCCGAGCCCUUGGUCAUCGUCUCCACACAGCCACGCCCUCGCCCGCACUACCUUGCCCUCGUCGCGCCCUUUACCUGUUAG